AUGCCGCGGUUCAGCGUGGCGGAGGCCAGUCUCUGGGGGUGUCAAUUCGUGCAGUUCCUGCAGGACACGGGCCGGGAGCAGACCAGCCUGCGGGAAACGCUGCGGACCAUCUACAACCAGGAGUUCCGCGGCAGGACUGAGGCAAGGACGCCCAAUUUUUCCUUCAUGUUGUUUGCGCUGAGGACAACCCACCAGGUUCAGGUGCGCGGAGAUCUGGUGAAAUUCAAGGUGAAGAGACAUGUGGUGGUGGCAGACCAGUACCGGCGACCCAGGAGCAAUGCACAGACAUCCGUGGCCACGUCUGCCUCAGGACAGCAGCUCAGCUCCACUCCGCAAAUGCCCCAGCGCUAUGCCAAGCAGUGGGCUGAGCUUAUUCGUGGGAAGCACGGGGUGGAGAUCACCUCAGACUAUGACCAGGGCAACGGGAAUAUUCGCUUCCCGGUGGUGCCGGGCGAGCCACGGACAGUGGCUGUCCUGGUGCAGAACCGUGGCACAGAGGUGGUGACGCUGCAGCGGUUCCAGGCACAGCAGCAGGCACGGGAGCUCUCCUUCACUGAUGAGCAAGGGGCAGUGCAGGGCCAGUCCCUGCUGCUACACCCAGGUGGGAUGUACCCCAUCCAGGCGCGGUGCCUCACCACCUGCAAUGGGCACUUCAGUGCUGUGGUGUCCUUCGAGUUCACCAAGGAGCCAGACGUGUCCUUCAGCAUCUCCCGCUACAUCGCUGCCAUUGCUGAGAGCCAGCUGGCCAAGGACCUGGGGCCCUCAGCACCUUUCCAGCCCUACGAGGCCAGCCUCCAGCGCCAUGUCACAGUCAUCACCGAGGAUGGCAUCCCCCCUGACAGCUCCCUGAAAAACGAACUGGAGAGGGAAAUCCCUCUGGGCACCUACCAGUACCCAAAGAGCCUCAAGGACACGAUCCUGCUCGGACCCAACACCAGUGCCAGCUCCAGCUGGGCUGCCAUGCGCUCGCUGCUGGAAGCACCUCUGCAGGCUGAGAACUACUACAAGAAAUUCCAGCUGCUGCUGCACCUGGAGGAAAUUCAGAUGGAGGUGGACAUCCGUCGCUACGACAUGCAGGACGUGACCAUGGUGCAGGAGAGGGCACUGCUGGUUCUCAAUGUGCCUGGCGUGGCCGAGAACCGCCCAUCCCUGCUGAGAGGGGACCACCUGUUUGCCCACCUGAGCAGCGAGCGGGACCACUCCCCACUCGUCCGCUACAAGGGCUACGUGCACAGCGUGGAGCUGGACAGGGUCAGGCUGGGCUUCUCCUCCAAGCUGCAGAAGAAGUUUGUGAAGAAUCUGAAGUUCGAUGUGACCUUCACCUUCAGCCGGCUGCCCCUGCAGGUGCAGCACCGGGCUGUAGUGCUGGCCGUGCGCCCAGGCUUGUCCAGCCUCCUGUUCCCCUCCGCCUCCUGCCACAAGUCCCUCUUCUCAGGGCCCUUCCAGCCGCGGUGGUUUAACCGCAAGCUGGAGACCAACGAGGAGCAGUGCAAAGCUGUGACCCACAUCGUGACGGGGAUGUCCCGGCCAGCCCCAUACCUCAUCUUUGGCCCCCCUGGCACUGGCAAGACGGUCACUAUGGUGGAGGCCAUCAAGCAGGUGUGGACAUGCUUCAAGGAUGCCCAUAUCUUGGCCUGUGCCCCCUCCAACAGUGCUGCAGACCUGCUGUGCCAGUGCAUCAUCAAGGACAUUGCCCCUCAGAAUGUCUACAGGCUCAUUGCCAGCUCCAGGAGCUACAGGGAAGUGCCCACUGAUAUCAGGCCCUGCUGCAACUGGGAUGAUGAGCAGAGCAGCUACGUGUACCCAAGCAAGGAGAGACUGAGCCACUACCGGAUUAUCAUCACCACACUGGUGACAGCAGGAAGGUCAGAGGAGCUGGGAUUGUCCCCAGCAUCCGUGGCAGGUGGACCCAGAGCUGCCUUGCAGCCAGGCUGUGGAAGCAGACCCUCUGGGACUCAGCUGGGAGGGGUUGGAGGAGGGCAGGCAGCAGCAGGGAAAUCCCUUCUCUGUGGGAGGAUGAGGGUGAAGGGUAGGAGGGGAAGGAUGGCCAGGUGGGGCAGGAUGCUGAGAACAGCCUCACUGCGUCUCUUCAGGCUGGUGUCAGCCGGUUUCGCCCCUGGGUUUUUCUCGCACGUGUUCAUCGACGAGUGUGGCCACGCGGUAGAGCCGGAGAGCGUCGUCGCCAUCGCGGGGCUCCUGGCGCCCAUGGAUGAGGAGAACAACCCCAAUGGGGGGCAGCUGGUGCUGGCAGGAGACCCCAAGCAGCUGGGCCCCGUCCUGACCUCACCACUGGCAAUCCAGCAUGGUCUGGGCACCUCGCUGCUGGAGAGGCUGAUGCUGCACAACCCCUUGUACCAGAAGUCGAGUGGAGGAUACAACCCACAGUUCAUCACCAAGCUGCUCUGGAACUACAGGUCCCACGAGGCCAUUCUCAGGAUCCCCAACGAGCUCUUCUAUGACAACGAGCUGAAGGUGUGCAGGAGCAAUGGGCCUGACAUCCGGAAUCUGUUUUGUACCUGGGAGGAGCUUCCCAAAAAAGGCUUCCCCAUCAUCUUCCAUGGGGUUUGUGGGGAAGACCAGAGAGAGGCCAAGAGUCCCUCAUUCUUCAACACGGCUGAAAUUGAGGUCCUGGUCCACUACCUCAAGAAGCUGCUGCAGAGUCGGGGCAGGGGAAGCUGCCCCAGUGUGUCCCCCAAGGAGAUCGGCAUCAUCUCUCCCUACAGGAAGCAGGUAGAGAAGAUCCGGAAAGCCAUCACCUGCCUGGAUCGCGAUCUGCAGGAGCUGCCGGACAUCAGCCAGCUGAAGGUGGGCUCUGUGGAAGAGUUCCAGGGCCAGGAGCGGCAGGUGAUCCUCAUCUCCACGGUGCGCAGCUGCAGCACGUACCUCCAGUUCGACCAGACCUUCAGGCUGGGCUUCCUCAAGAACCCCAAGAGGCUUAACGUGGCCAUCACCCGGGCCAAGGCUCUGUUGAUCGUGGUGGGUAAUCCUACUGUGCUCAGCAAGGACCACCACUGGCUCAGGUUCCUCAGGUACUGCAAGGAACAGGGGGGCUACACCGGAUACCCCUUCGAGGAGGAGGGCACAGCUGAGGACAGACUCGCCAACGACCUGCAGGCACUGCAGCUCAGAGUUUAG